GGUUGUUCAAAGUCUAGAUUGGACGGCAAUUGGUGGUUGAAGCUAAUUCGGGAUUUGUGGAAGCUUCGUGUUGUGGACUGAGAAACAAUAACUAUAGCCCCAGGAGAAUAGAAUAUAACUCAAUUUGGCUCAGAAUCUCUGUUUUGGGUUGUGAAGGUUGUUGAAGCUUCAAGUUGAACAGUGAGAGAUACCAGUUGUGACCCUGUACAGUUUCAUCACAUGGCUGAAAAUCGUAAUGGAAAUGCCCAAGCUCCAAAUGGCACUGGAGGAGGAAAUGCUUAUUCUAUUAAUUUGGAGAACUUUAGCACACGAUUGAAGGCCCUUUAUUCACACUGGAAUGGAAACAAAUCUGAUUCCUGGGGUUCUGCUGAUGUCCUUGCAAUAGCAACACCUCCAGCUUCAGAAGAUUUGCGCUACCUGAAAUCAUCAGCCCUCAACAUAUGGCUGCUUGGUUAUGAGUUCCCGGAGACUAUAAUGGUUUUCAUGAAGAAGCAGAUUCAUUUCUUGUGUAGCCAAAAGAAAGCCUCUCUGCUUGGAGUUGUGAAGCGGUCUGCCAGAGAUGCUGUGGGUGUUGAUGUUAUGAUCCAUGUCAAGGCAAAGACUGAUGAUGGUUGUGAACUGAUGGAUGCUAUAUUUAGUGCUAUACGUGCUCAGUCAAAGGUAGAUGGCAAUGAUAACCCUGUUGUUGGAUACAUAGCAAGAGAGACUCCUGAGGGGAAGCUUUUGGAGACAUGGGCUGAAAAACUGAAGAAUGCAGGAUUUCAGCUUGGUGAUGUAACCAAUGGGUUGUCUGAACUGUUUGCUGUCAAGGACCCAGAUGAGAUCAUGAAUGUGAAGAAAGCUGGUUACUUGACUUAUAAUGUUAUGAACAAAAUUGUGGUUCCAAAGGUUGAGAAUGUUAUUGAUGAGGAAAAGAAAGUCACUCAUUCUUCCUUGAUGGAUGAGGCAGAGAAGGCGAUACUGGAACCUACAAAAGCUGGGGUGAAGCUGAGGGCAGAGAAUGUCGACAUUUGUUAUCCUCCCAUAUUUCAGAGUGGAGGGCAGUUUGAUCUCAGACCUAGUGCUGCCAGCAAUGAUGAGUUACUGUACUAUGAUUCUGGAAGUGUAAUUAUAUGUGCAGUUGGGGCCCGGUAUAACAGUUAUUGCUCAAACAUUGCCAGGUCUUUCUUGAUUGAUGCCACACCCUUGCAGAGCAAGGCUUAUGAGGUUCUUCUGAAAGCCCAUGAAGCUGCUAUUGCUGCUUUGAAGCCUGGGAACGAGGUAAGUGCUGCUUACCUAGCAGCGCUCUCAGUGGUCGAGAAGGAUGCACCGGAGUUGGUUCCUAAUUUGACAAAAUCUGCUGGCACAGGCAUUGGCCUUGAGUUCCGUGAGUCAGGCUUGAAUCUGAAUGCAAAGAAUGAUAGAGUGGUCAAAGACAAAAUGAUUUUUAAUGUAUCAAUUGGUUUCCAGAACUUGCAGAACCGGACCAAUAAUCCAAAGAAUGAGAUCUUCUCUCUGUUACUUGCUGACACUGUUAUUGUUGGUGAAAAAAAUCCGGAUGUGGUAACUUCUAAGAGUUCUAAAGCUGUUAAGGAUGUAGCUUAUUCAUUUAAUGAGGAUGAGGAGGAAGAAGAAAGGCCAAAUGUAAAAGCUGAGGCUAAUGGCACGGAGGCCUUCCCAUCUAAGACAACACUCAGGUCUGAUAAUCACGAGAUUUCAAAGGAGGAACUUCGGAGGCAGCACCAGGCAGAACUAGCCCGUCAAAAGAAUGAAGAAACUGCCAGGAGACUUGCUGGUGGGGGAAGCGGGGCUGGAGAUAGUCGUUCUGCUGCUAGAACAACAACAGAUUUGAUUGCAUAUAAGAAUGUCAAUGAUCUCCCACCUCCAAGAGAUUUGAUGAUACAGAUUGACCAGAAGCAUGAGGCGGUACUCUUGCCUAUUUAUGGAAGUAUGGUUCCAUUUCAUGUAGCUACCAUAAGGACAGUUUCCAGCCAGCAAGACACUAAUCGGAGUUGUUAUAUUCGCAUUAUAUUUAAUGUUCCUGGGACCCCAUUCAAUCCUCAUGACACUAACUCAUUGAAAUUUCAAGGGGCUAUCUAUCUAAAGGAGGUGUCCUUUCGAUCUAAGGAUCCAAGGCACAUUAGUGAAGUUGUGGGGCUGAUUAAAACACUUCGUCGUCAAGUUAUGGCUAGGGAGUCUGAGAGAGCUGAGAGGGCCACUUUGGUUACACAAGAAAAACUCCAACUUGCUGGUAACAGAUUCAAGCCCAUAAGAUUGCAUGACCUUUGGAUUCGACCAGUUUUUGGAGGCCGUGGAAGAAAGAUAACGGGUACACUUGAAGCUCAUGUGAAUGGGUUCAGAUAUGCUACUUCUAGACCUGAAGAGCGAGUAGACGUUAUGUUUGGCAACAUAAAGCAUGCAUUUUUCCAGCCUGCUGAAAAGGAGAUGAUCACACUUCUCCACUUCCAUUUGCACAACCAUAUCAUGGUGGGGAACAAGAAGACCAAAGAUGUGCAGUUUUAUGUUGAGGUGAUGGACUCGGUUCAAACAAUCGGAGGUGGGAAGAGAUCUGCCUAUGAUCCAGAUGAGAUUGAAGAAGAACAACGAGAUAGGGCUAGGAAGAACAAGAUUAAUAUGGAUUUUCAGAGCUUUGUGAAUCGAGUAAACGAUCUGUGGGGGCAGCCUCAAUUCAGUGGGCUUGACCUUGAAUUUGAUCAGCCUCUGAGAGAUCUUGGCUUCCAUGGAGUGCCGUACAAAUCCUCUGCUUUCAUUGUUCCAACUUCGAGCUGCCUGGUUGAGCUAAUAGAGACUCCUUUCCUAGUGGUCAGUCUAAGUGAGAUCGAGAUUGUGAACCUUGAGAGAGUUGGUCUUGGACAGAAAAAUUUUGACAUGACCAUUGUCUUUAAAGACUUCAAGCGUGAUGUUCUGAGGAUCGAUUCCGUCCCUUCAACAUCGCUUGAUAGCAUCAAGGAAUGGCUUGACACGACGGACAUCAAGUAUUAUGAGAGUAGGUUGAAUCUCAACUGGCGGCAGAUUUUGAAGACAAUCACCGAUGACCCUCAGAGCUUUAUAGAUGAUGGGGGUUGGGAAUUCUUAAAUCUGGAAGCCAGUGAUUCAGAGUCCGAUAACUCAGAAGAAUCAGAUAAGGGUUACGAACCAUCAGAUAUGGAGGUGGAAUCGGUGUCAGAGGAGGAGGAUUCUGACAGUGCAUCACUGGUGGAAUCGGAGGAUGAAGAGGAAGAAGAUUCAGGAGAAGACUCAGAGGAAGAGAAAGGAAAGACAUGGGAGGAAUUAGAGAGGGAAGCCAGCAAUGCCGACAGAGAAAAAGGAGACGAUUCAGAGAGUGAAGCAGAGAGGAAGAGAAGAAAGAUGAAAGCCUUUGCAAAAUCACGAGCGCCUCCAAGUAGGAGUUUCCAAAAACGUGCAAAAUUAAGAUGAGGAUAAGAUCCGUGGUGUCAAGUUUUACUUUACCGUUAGCUGAUGAUUUAGAAUGGGGUUUGUUCUAACAUAGCUUGGUAUUUUGGAAUUCUUAGUGGUUGGUAGUUGGGCAUUUGAUCGUUGUCUAUCUCUCUCGCCUGGAAGACAAAAGAUAUUUGCUUUUGUACAUUACUGGAAAUUAGUUAUUAGUUUAUCUUGUUAUCA